GGCAGUUGCUGCUGCUGCGAAUGCUAAUACAGGGGAGGGGGGCUUCAAAGGAAAAGAGGAAAAGAAAGAAAGCGAAGGGGCAUCGGUCCGCCCCCUGACUCUUAUUAUUAUUAAUAUUAUUCUUCUUCCAAGCCCCCCUCCCUGGUUGCUUCUGCUUGCAAAGAUCAUUUGCAAAGCGACUGCAAAGAAAGCGUCAAGACUCUCCGUCAUCUUCCUCAGCUGGGACUCUGAAGUGGGACUGAACCAUAGCAAGGACUGGACCCUCUCUCUCUCUCUCUCUCUCCGACUUUUGGACCUAUAAGCCCCCGGUUUGGCCCGGAUCGCCUCCAAAGACCCCCGAGGAGCGGCACGAAGUUGGCUGAAGAGUCCGGGUUGGGGCGCCUUUCCUGGGGAGCUUCUUGCCUUCCUUUCCUUCCUCCUUUCCCUCUCUCCCUUCUCCAACUCUCAACUUCCUUCUCCUAUUUUGGGGGUCACAAAGAGAGCCUUUCUUGGGGAGGGGGAGGCUGGGCCCCAGAGCCACCCCCUCCCUCCCUCCCUUCCUCCCUCUUUGUUAAUUGCUAUUUUAUAUUUAAUUAAUUAAUAUUAUUAAUAUUUUAUUAUUAUUAUUAUUAUUUGUAUCCCCCUUUUCAUGACCUAAACAAACCCCACAAGUUCGGAAAACUAGGAGGAGUGUUUUAUAAGUAUCUGAAAUAGUUUUUAAUUUUUAUAUGUUGUUUUUUGUAAACUCUGGUUUGUCAAUUAAGCCCAUUGAUCUCUGCGGGUUGACCUGGACUCUUGUUUACCUCCAGUCCUAUGUUUGGGUUGAUAUGGGAUUAUAAAUGUCAAUGGUCCUGUUUUGGGUCUCUUUGAAGAGGGGAAAGUGGGUUGAAUAAAUAUCACGAUCAGAGGCGCAAAAGCGGCCGGCAAAUCAUUGGAAAAAAAAGGGAGAGUUUUGGAAAUUCCAGAAAGCGCCCUUCCUUAUUAUUAUUAUUAUUAUUAUUAUUAUUAUUAUUAUUAUUAUUAUUAUUAUUAUUAUUAUUAUUUAUAUCCUACUUUUGCUUGAUUGAGACCCAAAGCGGCUCCGUGGCAGGAAAAGAAGUUUCAAACUCCUUAGCUGUCUGUUUCCAAAAGAGAAUCGUGGGAAAGAGCUCUCUUAGUAGUAUUAGCUUGACUAGUCUUGGUCUAACCUCCUGACAGUAUAGUCUUGUUCCCCUCUCCCAGAGAAGACAAGAGCAGUCCAGGGCCAGGAAGGAGGAGAGACCCUUCCUCUCUUUUAAUCCCCAAAGAAGAGAGAACUUUCCUGUUUCUUUCCCCCUUUUCCCCACCGCAAAGUGGGCUGCUUUGCUCCCAAGGGGAUCCUCCUCCUCUCCCUUGAUCCUUCCCCAAAGGGAGAGCCCUUUGCUCUUCGUAUUCCUUGUAUUCCUCAAGGGAGGAAACAUUUUCUCCUCCAGGCAGUGCGCCCUUUCCUGCCCCCUUCCUUUCCCUUGGGACCCCCUUUUGCGCCUGGCUCUGAAGACCCUCCUCCUCCUUUUUCUCUCUUUCCCUUUUGGACUCUCUUCUUUCCCUAGUUAGAAGAAGGACCAGGCUCCAUCCAGGGCUUGGUGCUCAAGGUGUUCCUCCUUUUCUUUUCUCCCAAAGGAGAGAGAGCUUGGCCUCAGGGCUUUGCUCCGAAGGCCCUCCUCCUUCUCCUCAUUCCCACCUUCCCUUUUAGACCUCCUAUUUCUUUCCUAAAGAGAGCUUAGUGGGAAGGACUCAGCUCCAGAGCUUGGCUCCCAAGGUAUUCCUCCUCCUCCUCCUUUCCCUAGAAGAGCUUAAUUGGAAGAAGGACUCCACUCCAGAGCAAAGUAUCCCUUCUCCUCCUCCUCCUCAGUUUCCCUUUUGGGCUCUUUCUUUCCCAAGGAGAGCUUCCAGAAAGACUCCACUCCCCUGCUUGGCUCCGAGAGCGCUUUGCUCUGAAGGCCCUCCUUCUCCUCUUUCCGAAAGAGAAGCGCAGGAAGGAAGGAAGGAAGGAAGGAAAGACUAAACUCUAGCACUUUGCUCUUUCUCUUUUGGAGUUCUUUUUUUUCCUCCCCAAAGGAGAGAGUGCUUGGCUCUGAUUGUCCUCCUUCUCCUCACUUUCCGUUUUUUUUGCUCUUUCUCCUUCUCUUUCGGACUUUUUUUCCUCCCCAGAGGAGAGAGUGCUUGGCUCUGGAGGUCCUCCUCCUUCUCACUUUCCCUUUUAGACUUUCCCUAUUUAUUUCCUAUUAGUGGGAAGGACUCAACUCCAGAGCUUGGCUCCCAAGGUAUUCCUCCUCCUCCUCCUCUUCCUUUUCCCUAGAAAAAGUGUAGUCGGAAGAAGGACUCAACUCCAGGGCUUUGCUCUCAAGCUGUUUCUCCUUUUCCUCCUUCUCUUUCGGACCCCCUUUUCCCCCCCCAAAGGAGAGAGUGCUUUAUUCUGAAGACCCCCACCCUUCUCCUCUUUCCCUACUUUCCCUUUUAGACCUAUUUCCUAAAGAGAGCCUUAGGAAGGAAGGAAGGACUUAACUCCAGAGCUUGGCUCUCAAGCUGUUUCUCCUCUUCCUCCUCCUCUUUUGGACCCUUUUUUCCCCCAAAGGAGAGAGUGCUUUUUUCUGAAGACCCCCACCCUUCUCCUCUUUCCUCCUUUCCCUUUUAGACCUCCUAUUUCCUAAAGAGAGCCGAAGGAAGGGAAGGAAAAGGAAGGAAGGACUCCAGUUCUUGGCUCCUUCCUUCUCUUCUGGACUCCUUUAUUUCCCAAAGGAGAGAGCGCUUAGCUCUGAAGACCCUCACCCUUCUCCUCUUUCCCUACUUUCCCUUUUAGACCUCCUAUUUCCUAUUAGUGGGAAGGACUCAACUCCAGGGCUUGGCUAAGAUAUUCCUCCUCCUCCUCCUUUCCCUAGGAGAGCGUAGUCGGAAGAAGGACUCCACUCCAGGGCUUGUUUCCCAAGGUGUUUCUCCUCCUUUUUUGGACCCCCUUUUCCCCCCCAAAGGCGAGAGCGCUUGGCUCCGGAGGUGCCCCUCUCCCUCUGUUUCCCUCUGCCUCUUUGGGACCCCCUCUUUCCCCGAAGGAGACCCCCAGGAAAGGCCGCCCUUGGCGCCUGUCUUUGCCCGGCGUGGCGGGCGAUGCGUGCGCGGUCCUGAGAGGAUGUCUGCCCCGGAGCUGCCCCUGGGCGUGGGCGUGGGCGUGGGGGGCGCCCCGGCGGACCACCUGCCCACCAGCCCCUUGGCCAUCGAGUACGUCAACGACUUCGACCUGAUGAAGUUCGAGGUGAAGAAGGAGCCGGCCGAGGCGGAGCGGGAGCGCUUCUGCCACCGCCUCCCCCCGGCGGGCUCGCUCUCGUCCACGCCGCUCAGCACGCCCUGCUCCUCCGUGCCCUCCUCGCCCUCCUUCUGCGCCCCCAGCCCCGGAGGGGGAGGCGGAGGGGGCGCGGGUGGGGGGCCCCACGGGGGGCAGGCCCCGGGUGGGCCUCUCCAGCAGGGCGGGCACGGCGCCGGGGCCCAAAGCAAGGCGCAGCUGGAGGAGCUCUACUGGAUGUCCGGCUACCCGCCCCACCUGAACCCCGAGGCGCUGAACCUGACGCCCGAGGACGCCGUGGAGGCGCUCAUCGGGGCCCCGCACCACCACCACCACCACCACCACCAGAACUAUGAAGGCUUCCGAGGCGGGCAGGGCUUCCCCAGCGAGGAGAUGGCCCCCUCGGCGGGGCACCAGCACCACCACCACCACCACCCCCACCCGGCGGGGGGGCACCAGCACCACGCGCACCACCCGCACCACCACCACCACCACCCGCACCACGCGCUGCGGCUGGAGGAGCGCUUCUCGGACGACCAGCUGGUCUCCAUGUCGGUGCGGGAGCUGAACCGGCAGCUGCGCGGCUUCAGCAAGGAGGAGGUGAUCCGCCUCAAGCAGAAGCGCCGCACGCUCAAGAACCGCGGCUACGCCCAGUCCUGCCGCUACAAGCGCGUCCAGCAGCGGCACAUCCUGGAGGCCGAGAAGGGGCAGCUCCAGGGCCAGGUCGAGGCCCUCAAGGCCGAGCUCGCCCGCCUCGCCAAGGAGAGGGACCUCUACAAGGACAAGUACGAGAAGCUCGCCCUCGCCUCCGCCGGCAACACAAACAACAACGGCAACAACAACAACGCGCGCCCCUACGGGACGGGCCGGGAGGCAGCCAACAACAACAGCAACGCCAACAACAAGGCGCCCUCCGCCGCCGCCGCAGACUUCUUCCUGUGAGGGACAAAGCGGGACUCAAGGUGUUUUGGGGGGAAACUCUGCGCCGAGGAAGAAGCCCCUCUCGCCACCUCUCCAAGUGGCUCACUUUUUGGAGGAUUUGGGGAGCUUACAGAAGGGAGUAAAAGGACGA